GUUCAGCUGACCAAUAAUAUUAAGCCAACAGUGAAACACCCUCUCCGAUGCAUAAAUAAAAAAGCAGCCUUUCAUCUGACUCCUUCAGAGUCUCUAUCCCAUCGAACGCUUCAAAUAAACUCAACCAACAAACAACCCUUCAUCCUGCUCCUGUGACGGAGAGACAUCAUCAUGCUGUUGUUCCUCUUCCUGUUGGGUCUUGUUCUGGGUGCUGUGUCUCCUUCAGAUGACCCUCAAGUUAAGCUUGAGCGUGGCAGCUGUCCCAUGUUCUGGUACUCCUUCAACAGCCGCUGCUACAAGUACAUCGCCGCAGACAUGGACUGGGCUGAUGCAGAGCUCCACUGUGUGUCCCAGGGAGGCAACCUGGUGUCUAUCCACAGUCAAGGGGAAGAGAAUUUCGUCAAAUCACUGAUCGAGAACUAUGACCCUACUGAGGGAUACACCUGGAUCGGACUCAGUGACACCCAGAAGGAGGGAAGAUGGAUGUGGUCUGAUGGGUCAGCAGUCAACUUUGUCUCUUGGAGUUCAGGAGAGCCGAACAAUGAGAGGAAUGAAGGCUGUGUCCACAACAACUUGGAAUCUGAUCGCAAAUGGAAUGAUAAAACAUGUUCUUUCCCUCUUCCCUCAAUUUGUGCAUCUCGCACAACUUGUCCUUACUGAGAUGUUACAUAUGUCUGAUUGAACCAGGUCACUGUGAAACUGUUACUCUGUUAACAUGCUUUUGACCACAAUAAAGACAUGAAUGUACACUUAUA